CUGAGGUGGGGGGGAUGGCGAUAGUUGGAGAGGAUUGUUAUGGCUUAAUGAUUGUGAGAGGGAGGCUAUACCUCGGGAGAUUGGACAACACAAGCCCUUCAAGAAGGGUUGUGUGAUCCGCUCCGGUCAUAACAAAAUCUUUUACGUAAAAAGUCGAGUAAGAGAAAACACAUCCAUGGAGUACACUGAGACUGAGUGGACUCACAGUCAUGGAAGGGCUCGCCCGGCCACCAGUGCAACUCUUCAGUAGCAGUUUUCACUUUCGCUCUGGAGGCGGAAGUUGCUUUGGUUGAAGUGCUGUCCUCUUGUUGUUGAGAUUUCAGGGAAGGGAUCCGGAUCCGGACGGGCAGGAUGUGUGGAGGCUCCCGGCCACACUGCGGGGGGAUCGAUGCCAGGUACCUGCUGCUGAAAGUGACCCUGGGGAUCUUCGCGACAUUUUUCUGGCUGCUGGGACUACUCAUCUUGUGUAUCGGUAUUUACGCAGAAGUGGAAAGACAGCGGAACAAGACAAUGGAUGGCUUCUUUAUUGCCCCAGCCAUCAUCCUGUUACUGCUGGGUCUGGGCAUGUUCACCGUCUCCUUUGCUGGCAUGAUUGGAGCUCUGCGAGACAACCGACUGCUGCUGAAAGUGUUUAAGUGGACGCUUGUCACUGUGGUGGUUCUGCAGUUGAUUUUCGUAAUCGUUAGCGUUUUGUGCCGCAAUAAGGUACUUUUGUUGUUUAAAGCCAACGUGCGUGAGGGGAUUAAACACUAUUAUGACGACUUGGAUUUCAAAAACAUUCUGGAUCGCAUCCAGAUCAAGUUUUCAUGCUGCGGGGGAGAUGACUACAUGGACUGGGCUGUGAAUCAAUACCAUGCUUGUGAUGCACCAGGACCACUGGCCUGUGGAGCACCAUAUACUUGCUGUGUGAGGAAUCAGGGAGAUGUCAUCAACACUCAGUGUGGAUACCAGACGCUACAGCUAGAGCGUUCCGAGGUUGAUGGCAUCAUCCACGCCCGAGGCUGUGUCGAUGCUGUCAAUCUGUGGUUCUUGGAUAACAUUGGCAUCACAGCGGGAAUUCUUGCUGCCCUGCUCCUGCCACAGUUUGCUGGGAUUGUGCUGAGCUGUAUGUAUCUGAAGAUACUUUCACAACACAUGGAUGAACUGGAUGGGUUCAGAAUGGUCAUUCCUUAUGAGCUGUUGGAUCUUUCAGGCGCUGGAUGGUGUCUGUGUCUACCGAGAGAGGGUGGCUACCAACAAUUACAAAGAGCUGACAGCAAUGCUGACUUCCCGGUUGCACUGGAUUCAGCCCAAGAAAUGCAGCUGAUCAGCACAGAACAAGGAGAAGUGAACAGACAAGAGAUCCCAAGUGUCAACUAGUGUCAAAGUCUGACACCUGCCAGUUCAGUGACACUGAACAGAUAUGCAGCAGCUUUGACAUUCUCCAAAAGUAAUGGUUUUUGUUAAAGUUGUCCAGGUGCAGGAGACAACUUAUGCACUUCUUGGUAACAGUAUUCAGUCACCGUGACAGCAAAAACCAAAUUACAACUGGAAACGAGCUCAGACUUGCUAUAUUUGGAGAAGAUGCUGUCAAUCCUGUGCAACUCGCUCAGCUCUCCCACCCCCCCAGUCCCAUGGGCAAUUCUGCGUCUCACACAGCCUCAUACAUUGGAAAAUAAGUGACUGUUUUUAAGAAAGGAAAGUGAUCAUCUGUAAAUUACACAACUGAACCUGAUGGAGAAGUAACACCAGCUGUACAGGCCUGCAAUCUCAGUUGUUGAUCUUGCUAUAACCACUGGAAGAGUUGCUGAGCAGGGAGCAGGAACUUUUGAUUUGAGAUCAGCGAAUGCAACCACUAUUUUUUUAGAUUCCUCGUUUCAUCCAUUUAUUUAAAUCCUGCAACCCAAAGUUCCCAGUGCCAUGUAACUUUGUGUGUUUUCCAUUCUGGAUUAGCCAGUGUACAUUUUAUAUUACAAAUGGUUUUAUAUUCUCAUUGUGCUACUUUCUAUAGGUAGAAAGUCAGAGCAAAUGAAUAUUUGCAUGCCAGGUCACCCUCAGUCAUUGGCCGCACAGUGUUUCAGCUUGGGCGGUACCAGUAACUUUAAAAUUACAGUCAGAACAUUGCAACUUUUGUAAAUGUUACCUUCCAUCAUUUUAAUGUCAGUGAAGAAUGAACAUAUCUUCAGUGCUAUAAUUGAUUCAACUUGAAUUCUAGUAGCAGCACGAUCUCUAUUUUCCCUCGUCAUGAGAUAACAUAGACUGAAUAAGAUAAUAUGACUGUGACCUGUGUGUGGUGGUCUAACAUCUUUGGCAAUGGCAGCUACAAGCAUACUAUUGCUCAGAUUUCAAUGUCUGUUGACUACCUUGUCAUUUCACUUGCAGUUUUAUACCACAGUAAUACCGUGAUAUAUCCUGAACUUUACACCAUGGUCUUCCACUGAUUCAUCACCAAAUAACACAGUACCACAUCACAAUGCUCAGUUUUAUCUUGUGUCAUAAUUUUCAGCAUUCAUGAACACUGGAUUGGUGAGAAAUUGCUAAAUCUCCUUUUCAAUAAAAGGGAAAUAUCUUGAAAAUACUCAGUAGCUUAGGCAGCCUCUGACAUUGAUAAAAGAUCAUUGAUUUGAACUGUGAACUCUGUUUCUUUCUCCACACUUGCUGAGUAUCUCAAGCAUGUUCUGUGCACAUUUGAAGUUUCCAGCAUCUAAACUAUUUGAGGCUGUGUUCAUUGAGAAACCGGAGGGUGGAAACAAGCUGUAUGGAAACUGAACAUUGAUUCAUUUGGUGGCCUGCAGACAUUCAGCAUUGCACUUAAUACCUCUAUUCAUUACACAGCUCCAGAUCAUUUCAGUCUCAGUUUGUUGGUUCUUUCGAAAAGGACCCAGAUGAGCAAUGUACAAUUUUCAGGUCACUGUCCUUUCUCCUCACAGAGUUGAAUUUGAAUCCAGCCCAGGUGUAGCAAUUCUACCUCUAUCCCUUCCAAUCUGCCAGGACAUAAUACGAGUUGACUUUAGGCUAUACAGACAGGGAGGGAACACUUCAACAGUCAGGGACAUUUGGCCUCAGACCUUCAAGUGACCAUCCUCCAAGGUGGACUUCGGGAUAUGCAACAACACAAAG